AGAGCCGUAAACAUCCCUGGGAUGGAUAAUCACAAGCAUUCCUGAACUCGAAUAUAAAGCCUUUGUGACGUGGCGCGUACGACUAUCAUCAAGCCUCCUACGUAUACUCAAUUCAAAAUCAAGAUGUUUCCGACUUCAAAUCGUUACAUUACGGAUUUCUCAAAAGUAGCUUUACCGGCGACGUCCAAGGGAAAUGGCCCAGAUACGACUUUUGAUGUGAUCAUUGUUGGUGGAGGCACAGCAGGAUGUGCGCUAGCAGCUCGACUCUCAGAAGACCCGUCAAUUAGCGUGUUAUUAUUGGAAGCCGGUGGAAGUGGUCGAAUGAUAUUUACUACCAUUCCGUCGGCAUUUUCCAAGCUAUUUUGGAACCCACAAUACGUGUUUCAAUUUCGUACAGAACCCCAGGAGAAUGCGAGGAGUUUGAGGAAAUUUUGGCCGAGAGCGAGAAUGUUAGGCGGAUGUUCCUCUAUCAAUGCACAAAUGGCACAAUACGGCGCACCAGGCGACUUCGAUCAAUGGGCGAAGAUAAUCCGGGACCAAGAAUGGGAUUGGAAGAACUUCGGACAAGCCUUCCGCAAAUUCGAAUCCUACACACCCAACCCGAACUACCCCAACGUAUCUACGGCGUUGAAAGGUUCGAGCGGGCCCGUAGAGGUUGGUUAUAAUGGGUAUUAUGGGGACAGUGCCAGGGAUUUUGUGGAAUCGUGCUUGAAUAAGGGCAUACCGUUAAAGCAUGAUUUCAAUACUACAGACGGGCCAAAUGGUGUCAAUAGGAUAAUGACUUACAUUGACAAAUCUGUCCGCCGGGUGUCUACCGAAUCAGCUUAUUUAACAACCGAAGUCCUCAACAGACCGAAUCUAAAGGUUGUCAUCAACGCCACCGUGACCAAGCUCCUCUUUCGGACAUCAACAGGACAGGCGGGUGAGAAAGAGAAGAAAGUUGUGGGUGUUGAUUUCGCCCAGAACGAGAAGGGCAAAGUAUGGAGGGCGAAAGCGAGGGAGGAGGUUGUUUUGUGCGGAGGUGCAAUCAACUCCCCUCAACUCCUCCUCCUCUCAGGCAUUGGCCCCUCCGAGCAUCUCUCAUCCCACAACAUCGAAGUCAUUCAUGACUUGCCAGGCGUAGGAAAACACCUUGUCGACCAUCCGGUUGUAGAUUUUUGGUUCAAGGACAAGUCGAAACAGGCGCCGAGUUUUCUUAUUCCCCAAGGGGUUGGGGAUGUGGUUAGUACGAUUAAGGAAGCGGCCAUGUAUUAUGGGAGCAGUGGGAAGGGGAAAUUGGGGACGAAUUGGGGUGAAGCAGCCUGCUUCGUUCGUUCCGACGACCCCGCCAUCUUCCCUCCUACGGAAUAUCCCAUUCCCCCUUGUAUCCGCAAACGCGCAGGGGAGGGAGAAAUGAUCUAUGACAGUACAUCUGGGCCUACAAGCCCGGACUUGGAGAUCUUUAUAACGACUUUAGGGUAUAAGAAACACGGCAAGUGGAGUUGGAAAUAUCCAACGUUUGCGUUGCAUGCGUGUUUGUUGCGGCCUCUAAGUAGGGGGGAACUGCAAUUGAAGAGUGCGAGUCCGUGGGACCACCCAAUCAUGGAUCCAAAGUACCUUUCAUCGGAAGACGACCUCGCGAAACUCGUCCGGGGGGCACGGUUCUGUCUGAAUCUUGCCAGAACGGAACCCAUCAAUUCCAGGAUUGAUCAUACGGAUCAGGAUGGACUGGAUGGAAAGACGUAUAUGAAAACCGACGAGGAAUUGGAAGAAAUUGUUAAGGAUCGGGUGGAGACUUUAUACCACCCCACGAGCACAUGCCGCAUGGCACCACCAGAAGACGGGGGAGUCGUUGAUUCGCACUUGAGAGUGUAUGGAAUCAAAGGUCUGCGAGUAUGCGACGCGUCUGUUUUCCCGGAAAUUGUGUCGGGCCAUACGGCCGGAGCAUCAAUCGCAGUAGCAGAAAAGUGCGCGGAUAUCAUGAAGGGAGAGUUGAGAGGUGGAGACAGUAACAAGAAUGUUCACGUAUGAGGCUCAUGCUCGAGCUAUCGAGAGGGCCUUUCUGUCACUCUAGUUCCCAAAUUGAAGUCUUCCUAGCUACAAAUGUAUAUAGUGGUGCUUGUAUAUUUUCUAUGACCCCUUCACGUAUCCUUGCAAAUAAUUUACUCAAAUGUAUGUACUUGUAAACCGCC